AUAUUGUAUUUGUGUUCUAAUGAAAUCGGGUAGGCUGAAUCUCAACGGGCGGAUUUAUUUGAGUAUCAAAACUUUUCUGUGUUUGAGCUGUAAUCUCAAAUCGAGGUUGGAUAAUGAUGAAUUGAGCCCUGAACAAGUCAAUAAUGUUAAGGAUUUCAUUGAUGACUAUGUGGAACGAAAUCAGGAGGAUUUUGAUGAGUUUGAGGAUGUUGAUAUGUUAUACAACACCUUAUCACUAGACAAAGUAGAAGCUCUAGAAGAUCUUGUUAUCAUGCAGCCCUUGGUCAUGUGUUUGGGUGAAGGUCUAGAUGGUGGUCUGAAUGGUGCAUGCACCAAAGCCCGCAAAUGGAUCUUGGAUCAUGGCGGUGUCACCACCAUCCCAUCAUGGGGCAAAACAUGGCUUUCUAUACUUGGUGUGUGCGAAUGGGAAGGAACCAACCCAAUGCCACCAGAGUUCUGGCACCUUCCAUCUUUACUUCCUAUGUAUCCAAGUUAAUCUACUUGUAUUCAUGUCUCAAAUUGUGUUUGCUCUAAGGGAGAUCAACUUAUCAAAAGUAAGUUAUUUUGUUCACCCUUUUAUUUAAUAUUUUUGUGAUUGAAUGAAAGUCUUAAUGAAAGUAAUUGACAACCCUUUUUCUGUAAAUGAUGUUGUGAUUGUGGGAGAGGUGUUGUGUGGUAACCUUCUCAACAACAACAUUCUACUUAAGCAGGUGAGUAAUCAAGAUUAAGGGAGACUUGUAAUCAUGUUAGGCAUUCCUUUCUAGUAAGAAACAGAGUUGUAUGAUUAUUUGUUAGUUUUAUAGGAAUUUAUAACCCUUGUUAGCAAUGUAUUAUUUUUGUUUA